UGAGGGUCGACGCACUGACGGGAAAACACCGAUGCGACGUAACAGGCAAUUCCAGCCGAUUCUAUCAACCGAACAGUUCAUGUUUAUACCGUCAGAACAGAAACUUAGAGGUUCGGGGAGAAUUCGAGCACUAACCUAAUUCUGCUUGCGGUACAAAUGCAUGACAUUUCACAAUCUUUCGCAGAAUGGGACAUGUGUAACUAAUAAAAUCAAGGAGUGUAUAGGUAGUCAAGUCCAUAAAGAAUCAGCAAACGAUAUGGCAACUCUCCAUCCUGACAAAUCUGGCAAAUGGUCCAUCAAAUUGCGUAUGUUUUACAACAAGCAUUUUCCCACUGACAAGGACUCUUAUGCCGUGCGUUUUUCAGUUGUAGGUUUGGCCUUAUCCCUCUGUUCUUUACAAGUAUUCUUCAACCUACAGUGGAAGGAGUAUAGGGAAAGACGAGAAUUUUAUAUAUGGGCACUGAUACUUCUCUUAUCAUCUGCCACUUAUGGAUUGUAUUAUGGAAUGAAAAUUGGAGACCGCAAACAGUUCACACCAUGGAUGAUAUUCAAAAUUAUCGAAAUUAUAACAACCACCAUCUCUUUAGUGAAUACAUUAGCUAAGCCGUAUUAUAACCGUCAAAAUGAUUCGAUAAACAUCGUGAUAGGUUUCGUUGUUCUAUUUGGAAAUUUCUUCCUGAUAUCGAUUAUCUGUCGUAGAAAGAAAGAGAAUUUGUACAACGUUCCUGAUGAAGCUGUGGACGAGUUUUCUCCAGUGAUGUCCAAGGCAUAAGUGGAAAUAAAACAACUAAUAUCAAAUUGGUUGCUGUCUUGUGUUCAGUGCAAUGAUCUAAUAAUAUGUAGAUUCGCCUUUGAGUAGUCGCGCAGUGCAGAGCAUUGACUCAAACAUUAGAGAGAGAAAGAUUUAGCAUCAUAUCAAGUGACCACGAGAGAGAGAAUAAUAAUGUUCGAUUUUCAACCUAUGUUGUUAAGUGGAGACAAAUCACGUGAUCUAAAAAGAAAAGUUUCGAUUGAUUAAAUAUGUUAAACCGAUCGAAACGUCUUUUGAUUGGUAAACAUUGUGCGUCUCACCUUUCUGUUAUAGUUUAUUCUUUUUUUCUAUGCGAUAUCUACUUAUAAUUAGAUCUUUGUUUCAGGGUUCAGGGUCAGUUUUGUCACAUACGAAUAAUUAUAUGAUAAUAAUGGAAUACAUUCAUUCAUUCGCAUGUGAAAAAACGACCCAAUGUUGGUCAACAUUGAAAUGCGCUCGAAUCAACUAAUGACAAAUAAAACUGAUCAAGAAGAAAGUACCUACUGAUUAAAUUACUAUCGAAAUAUUAUUAUGAAUUAUUGAUAUUCUGAUUUUCUCAUGUGUAGGAAGCGAUGCCAUAAUUAUCCUGAUUAUCAAAUAAAGUACCUCUAUGAAUUUUUUCAA